AUGACUGAACAAAUGGAACAACUUCGAAUUAUUGCACAACCCAAGGCAUUCUUUCGUGAAAGAUAUGGAAGCGAACUAGAUCAAGCUGAAAAUACAGCUAAACGUUACAUUCGUGCUGAAGAUAAUAAUCAGUUAAAUCUCGAAUAUCCAACUAUAGAGAUAAAUCUUAAUAAUAAAACAUCAACAACAAGUCAAUUGAGUAAAUCAAAAUCAUCAAAUAAUAAUCUUGUCUUGCAUCAUGAAAAAAAAGCUACAAUUCUGGUUUUUUAA